AUGGAGGUGGAAGCAGAGCAGCGAGAUGUUAACAACGUGAUGUGCCAACUGGUGGAUCCGGAAGGAACAACCUUGGGUCCUCCCAUGUACCUUCCUCAGAACGAGGACAAAUUGCCGUAUACUUUUUAUAUAUCGGACCAGGAGCUCGUUGUCCCUCUCGAAUCUUACUUACAGAAAAACAAAGUUUCGGUGGAGAAGGUCUUGACCAUAGUCUAUCAGCCACAAGCCAUUUUCCGAAUUCGUCCUGUAAAUCGCUGUUCAGCAACAAUUACUGGUCACUCAGAAGCUGUUCUUUCUGUGGCCUUUAGUCCUGACGGGAAGCAACUGGCUAGUGGUUCAGGAGAUACCACAGUCCGAUUGUGGGACCUAAAUACUCAGACUCCGAUGCUUACAUGCAAAGGUUGA